GCAGAGAUUGUCAAGCGUCUCAGUGCCAUCUGUGCUCAGAUCAUCCCUUUCCUCUCUCAGGAGCACCAGCAACAGGUGGUCCAGGCGGUGGAGAGGGCCAAGCAGGUCACCAUGGCCGAGCUCAACGCCAUUAUCGGGCAGCAGCAGCUCCAGCACCUGUCUCACCACGCUCCGGGCAUCCCCCUGACCCCGCACCCGUCCGGCCUGUCCCUGGGCGCCGGCGGCUCGGGGCUGCUGGCGCUGACCGGCGCCCUGGGCGUCUCGGCCCAUCUCGCCUCCAAAGACGAGCGCAACCACCUCGACCCCGAGCAUCUCAGAGCCCUACCUGUUGUGGCCGUCCUUACAGAGAGACCGAGAAGCAAGUCGGUGUCGUCGACGGACAGCCAGCCCCCCGAGGAGCGGCAGGGCCCGUCCGGGGGCUACUCCUCCUCGCAGGGGGGGGCCGAGGCCAAGAGGAGGCGCUGCGAUGACAAAGAGUCCCUGCCGCCACACUCCUACGACAGCGAUGGAGACAAGAGUGAAGACAAUCUUGUGGUGGACGUCUCCAACGAGGAUCUUCCUCCACACUCGCCGCACGGCAACGGGCUGGACCGAGCGCCCACCCUACGGAAAGAGCUCCCGGGCUCCUCCAGCACAGGGGAGGCUCCUUCCACCCCGAACCCCCGCAGCCCCACCCCAGGAAAGAACAAGGACCCCGCACAGAUGGACAAGUCCCAGUCUCCGUUGUCCAAAUCCAGCACCCCGUCCCCGUCCCGUCACGAAGCCCUCACCCCAGGAGCCCAAGGGGCCGCCGGAGGGCCGGGUCCCAGCACCUCCUGCCUCCGGCUGGUCAACAAAGCAGCGGCCGGUGCUGACCCUCUUGCUCUCCGCAGUCCCAUGUCUGUGCCCCCCGGUUCAUACCCAGCUCAUUUUGGCGUGGUGUCCCAUGCAGGACUCAACGGGGAGCUGGCCAGCCCGGGGGGGUUCGGAGGGGCUCUGACUCUCUCCCCGCAAAUCAGCACGGCGGCCAGCGCCUACUCUCGCAGCCCCAUGGUGGGGUAUGACUCUCGCUCUCACCUGAGGGCCACAGGGCUGUCCUCCUCUCUGCCUGGCUCCUCUGGCGGCAAGCCGUAA